AGCGGGAGUUCUUGCCUUGGAGUCUGAAGUUGGAACUUCAGGUGUUCAACAACCUCUUAGGGGAAACUCAGCCUUCCAAGAGGAAAUCUAAAUAUCCCUGAGAAUGGGCCCAGCUUGGCUGUGGCUGCUAGGAGCCGGGGUCCUGGCCUCUGUCUGCUGUCAGCCAUUUCCUGCGCAUGGAGAUAAGAGCCACACGGUGCCUCAGUCCCCCAGUCAUGCAGAGCCAGCUCAUGCCUACCACAAAGUUGCACCCACCAUUACCAGCUUUGCUUUGCGUCUGUAUAAGCAGCUGGCGGAACACACCCCAGGAAACAUUCUCUUCUCCCCAGUGAGCCUCUCCAGUACCCUGGCCCUGCUGGCCCUUGGAGCCCACGGUGACACCCAGACGGAGAUCCUGGAGGGCCUUGGCUUCAACCUCACAGAGACCCCAAGCACCGACAUCCACCAGGGCUUCCAGAGCCUCCUGCACACCCUUGACUUGCCCAGCCCCAAACUCGAACUAAAGGUGGGAAACUCUUUGUUCCUAGACAAGCAGCUGAAGCCUCAGCAGCACUUUUUGGACAGCGUCAAGGAGCUGUAUGGAGCUCUGGCUUUCUCUGCCAACUUCAUGGAUUCUGCCACAACCGGAAGGCAGAUCAAGGAGUUUGUGAGAAAGCAGACUUACGGGCAAGUCUCCGACUGCUUUCAGGAGCUGGGCCACGACACACACAUGGUUUUCUUGAAUUACAUCUUCUUCAAAGCCAAGUGGAAGCAUCCUUUCGAUCGCUACCAUACCCGGAAGCAGGAGCGAUUCUCUGCGGACGCGCCCAUGAUGCAGCAGCGGGAGAUGCACAGGUUCCUCUACGACCAGCAGGUGGCGUGCACCGUGCUCCAGAUCGAGUACAGCGGAAACGCGCUGCUGCUGCUGGUGCUGCCCGACCCGGGGAAGAUGAGGCAGGCGGAGGCCGCUCUGCAGCCUGAGACUCUGCGGAGGUGGGGCCAGCGCUUCCAGCCCAGCCUGCUGGAUUUGCACUUGCCAAGGUUUUCAAUUUCUGGAACUUAUAACCUGGAAGAGAUCCUUCCCCAGAUGGGUCUCACCAACAUAUUCGACUUGGGAGCUGACUUUUCGAGAAUCACUGGGCAUCUCAACAGAUCCAUCUCCCAGGUGUCGCACAAGGUGGUGGUGGACAUGAACGAGAAGGGAACCGAGGUAGGGGCUGCCUCAGGCCUCCUCUCCCAGCCGCCAGCCCUGAACAUGACCUCGGUGCCCUAUGCCCCCUUCAACAGGCCUUUCUUGCUGCUGCUGUGGGAGGUGACCACCCAGAGCCUGCUCUUCCUGGGCAGAGUGGUCAACCCGGUUGCAGGGUGACCAUGCCGGGAGGUCAGGGAUGUCUCCUGUCCCCUCACCAGACAGGAAGGCCAGCCCCAGCCUGCACUGCAGUGCACCGGUGUGCUCAGACACUAAUAAAGUCGGAUUUGUG